GAGCAGCAAUUACAAGCAAGCAAUCAAGAGCCCGACUCCUGUCGACCAGACUGCAAGCACAGAGCUUCGUCCUGGCUAUCUUUCUUCCAUCUUCUUCAACGGGCCAACGGUUCUCGUCGUUCGAAAGGGAUCGGAAUGUACGUAUGACGAGCUCUCUACCUCUGCUGUAUUUGUUUCUUCAUGUUCAAUAUUCGUUGUUCUUGUUUGCUUUCUUAUUUACUUCCUUCUGUUUUGAUUUGCCCUUCAACCAUGGCAUCUACUCGGCUCUGGUCAGCCAAGUACCAUCUCCUUCUCGCCGCGAAUGUUGGAAAAAAACCUCAUGUCAGUUGCUGAUUGUAGGGUCACGCGCUACAGACGUCCCUGUAUUUCUAAUCCAUAGGCAAGCCGUCAAUUCACAUCUGAAUUACCAAGCAAGAACAGACAGGUUCCAGUCCAGCCCCAGGGCACACAGCAAGCGAACCAUAUCAUCAUGGCCGAGGAGGAGUUUGAGAUUGAUGUCUACGGCGACUCGGCUAAUGACCAAGAGCACAACGAUCACAACGACCACGGCGACCACGAGCAGCAUGCCUAUGAAGGCGAGCAAGGCCAAAACGGCGAGGAGCACCAUGAAGACUACCAUGAAGAGCACAGAGAAGACAACAUGGAUGAUGGACCCCACGAGGUACAGCCUGCCAGUCCUCCUCCUCAGCCGCGUCCCCAGCAAGGCGUAAAGCGCAAGGAGGGCUCUGACGAGCGCCCCGUGGAUCCUGGCGCCACCACUGCGCUUCUAGUAUCAGAACUCAACUGGUGGACCACGGACGAUGACAUCCGUGGCUGGGUGUGGCAAGCCGGCUGCGAGGGCGAGCUGAAAGACAUCACGUUUAGCGAACACAAGGUCAACGGCAAGAGCAAGGGUCAAGCAUACAUUGAGUUCACCUCGCAGCAAGCAGCUACUGCCACCAAGCAUCGCAUUGACGCACUUGCCGAUGAGUACAACCAGCCCGGUCAGAAACGACACACAGUUAUCUACUCGUCUCCCGCCCACAACCCUUUCCGCACUCUGCCGAAAGACGCCCCGAACCGCGCUCCUAAGGAUACGCAGGGUCGGGUGGCCCCAGGCCCGGGGUAUAACGACCGUGGCGGCAAUUUCACCCCAAACUCCAACUUUGGUUUCCGCGGCGGCCGCGGCGGCUUCGGCGCCCGUGGUGGCGGUAUGAACCAGGGUGGUUUCAACCGCAACUUCUCGGGACCCAACAUGAACGCCUUCAAUGCUAACAAUAUGGGUUUCAACAACCCCAUGGGUGGAGGCGGCUUCGCCGGAGGAGCUUUCAACCGAGGCGGCAUGAUGGGCGGUGGCAUGCGCGGUGGUAUGCGCGGCGGCCGUGGCGGCGGUAUGAACAUGAUGGGCGGUAUGCCCAUGGGAGGUGGAAUGCCCAUGGGAGGUAUGGCUGGGCCGAUGGGCGGCAUGGGCAUGAUGGGCGGUGCAAUGGGCGGCGGCAUGGGUGCCGGGAUGGGCGCUGGUAUGCCCGGCUUCCAGGGCAUGCAGCCGCAAUUCAACCCAGCUUUCUUCGGUGGCGGCAACCAGUCGAAUGAGUGGCAGAACCCACACGGCGCCAAGAGAGCCAGGGGCGAGUAGGGCAGCUUCCCGGCACCUAGGCGCUAGCUGCAGCCGAUCCUCCGUUGCGAAAUCACCUUGACUCGACGCCUGUUGUCGUUUCUCAAGGGACAAUUGCCAUGGGUGGUUGAACCUGUCACACGACAUUACAGCAUCGUACCUGCUGGACCACCUCAUCGAAGAUACAGCUUUCCACUUUCAUAACGCACCCACAUUUGCGGGCAGCAUCAAACCCGCCGUUUGCCUCACCUCCAAAAUAAGGGUUCUCAUGCUGCACC